AUGUCCCGGCCAGACCUCAGCGUCGGACAUGCCGGCCCCUCACGGGCUCGCAACUUCUCCAACGCGAGCGGCAUGUCCUUCGUCAGCGCCAAGUCGUACCACAGCGCCACCUCCAACAUCUCCGACACCGACAACCUCCUCCGCGUCGGCGAGGGAACGUCCUCCCCGCGGCCGAGUCUCACGAAUCUGUCUCGCCCCCAGUCUCGAGCAUCUCGCACCACCAGUGUAACCUCGACAGGCACGAUGGUGUUCAAGAAGCAUGCAGGGAAGAAGGACAGUGACGCCGAGGAUGGUCUCAGCUCCGAGGACGAGGACGAUGGCGAGAUCGAGUUCGGCUCUCGAGACGGACGCGACUCGCUAGACUAUGAGGAGGACGAGAUCCCGACGAGCAGCACAAGCGAUAGCUUCAGCAUCAACUUCUCCGAGAUGGAGCACGAGGACGAGAUGUCCGAGGACAUUGACGCCGACUCUGACGAGCCGCUAACUCGAGCUGACGGUCAGCUGGUGGCACCGUUGAUCCUGGCACACCCGCUUGCGCUCUUCCCAGCGCUCUCGGCGGUGCCGCAGAGUUUCCUGCCGGCUGGCGUUGCGCUGUUCAUCCCUGCGUUCUGCAUCCUCGCGGCGCUCUCGGCGUGUGCACACAUCGUCAUCGUCUACCUCGCAUGGUACCUCAAGGUUGGGAGCUUCGAGCAGGUGUUCGCUGCCUGCGCGGGGGAGCGCUUCGGACGCUUCGGACAGGCUGUAGGACGCGGCUUUGUUGUCGUCGCAACGCUUGGCUCCUCCAUCGGUUGGCUCGGAACGGUGGCGAGUCUCCUAGACCCUGUCGUGCAAGAGUACCUCCCGAACGGCCUGCUGCGAAGCCGCAUCUUCUGGACGAUCACGGGUGGCAUCUUCACUUCGGACAGCGAUGUUGCAAUGUGGCGAAAGAACCGAAUGGCUGACUGGCAGAUCCUCCCCGCGCUCAUCCCGUCUCGCUCGAUCCGACACUUGCGCGCUCUGCCUGUCGCCUUUGCGCUACUCCUGCCGCUCGUCACGUUCAUCGUGAUCGGACGCACUGUCGAGGUCAAGAAGGCAGCCGACGAGGCUGGCGAGACGAUCGUGACGGCGGCAGCGGCAGCAGCGGCGACGCUGCAGCAUGCGGCUGAGUCGGCUCCGGAAGGCGUCACCGCGCACAUCCGGCGUGGCCUGCGUGGCCUCUCGCCCAAGACUGCUGGUUCGGGUCUUACAACGCUGACAAUGUUCUUCACGCCACACCUGCAGACUUUGCAGAUCCACGGCAGCCUGAAGCGCGUGAAGCGCCAGCAGUUUGCGGUACCCAUCCUCGCUGCCGGCGUGCUCAUCCUCGUUCUUGCCCUCCCCUUCGCCCUGGUCCCGUACUACCUCCUCCCGCCUGCGCCUACAGCUUUCGACCAGCUGCCCCGUGACGACGGAUGGACGAAUUUUGCCCGCGUCCUCAUGUGCCUGCUGGUCUUGGCCAGUAUCUCCAGCUGGCUCGUGCGCGGUCGCGAUUCAGUCCUCGUUGCGCUGGACGUGGACGGCGGCGACCGCUACCGGGCCGGCAAGUUUGUCGGUGCGGGUAUUUGGGUCGUCGUUGUCGCUUUUGCUGCGCUCGGCGGCGUCGUCGCGGACAAGAUUGAGCUGCUCGGCGUCAUCGCCACACUGGCGAUCGGCUGGUUCCUCCCCUGUAAGUGUCCCCGAAGCCUUCAGCUACAGCGCUACCAGUCGCCAAAGCUGACAACCAGCCCUCUUCUUCAUCAUCACGUUCCACGUCCGAUCCCCGCUGGCGAUCAUCUUCCCGAGCCACGCGCCGCCGCCGCCGGACCCCUCCGCGCUCGCGGGCGGACACCAGCGCACGCCAAGCCUCACGAAUCCGGCCGCCGACGUGCUCCUCGCUCGCAAAGAGAGACAGCUGCAGAAGCGCCGCCAGGGCCGACGACUGUGGCAGGAUCUGAUCGUCUUGAUUGGGUUGUGGUGAGAAGCGAUCAGGGGGAGUGGGGAGACAGGAGGGGAUCCGAAGAGAGCGGAGCGAGGAGCGGAGGAGGGGGAGAAGGGAAGAUCUAG